GCGUACGAAACGAGGGAAACAAAUCGGACUCUGACAACGACGAUGCAUACUUUCUUCUCAUCGGAAGAACUCUCCGAAUCCUUCUGGUCGCCACAGCCGCCGCCGCCGCCGCCGCCAUCUUCGCCGCCAUCGUAUUCUCCUUUUCGAUCGCUGGAUCCUUCCUUGACGAUGAACCGAAGCGCCUCUGAGUGGGCGCUCGAGAGGUUUCUUGAGGAAGUUUCGGCGUUGCCUGUGAACAGUUGCCCUUCGACUACCUCCGAUCGCGUGGUCGUUUCUCCGGUGGAUGUGGCAUCUCCUGCUUCUCAGUCUUCGACAUCGAAGCGUGAUGAAGGUGAUGAUGAGAUUUUGGAGAUCAAGAAGGCGGAUUGUGAUCACGAUCGUUCUCAGCCAAUUCCGUCUUUGGAUCCGUCGAAAAUGGCUCGGAGUAAUCCUGAUCAGUACCGUGUGUUUUUGAAGAAUCGUCUUGAUAUGGCUUGCGCUGCUGCGGCUCUGUCGCGGGUCGCGUCUUCGGAGCCCAAAGGCCCAGUCCAGCCAGCCGAUCACCCUGGGCAAACAUCGAACGCAUUCGAAUUUGGCAUUCAAGCCCCGGGCCAAGGCUCUGAUCGUGGAACUUCAACAAAAGAAAGUGAGGCUACUGGUAGUCAACUUGGGAUCCCAUCCUUACCUGCAAUGCCUAAGAAGCUUGGGAUACAAGCUGUUCAAACAACAAGUGGAUCAUCCAGAGAUGAGUCCGAUGAUGAUGAUCUUGAAGGAGACAUUGAAAACAUUGAGAAUAUGGAUCCUGGUGAUGCAAGACGAGCUAGGAGGAUGUUGUCAAAUAGAGAAUCAGCAAGACGCUCCAGACGACGAAAACAAGCACACUUGAAUGAACUUGAGACACAGGUCGGUCAACUUAGGGUUGAACACUCUACUUUGUUAAAGCGUCUAACAGAUGUAAAUCAGAAGUACGAUGAUGCAGCUGUUGACAAUAGAAUUUUGAAAGCUGAUAUCGAGACUUUAAGAGCGAAGGUGAAAAUGGCUGAAGAAACAGUGAAGAGAGUGACAGGAGUGAAUCCACUGCUUGCUGCCAUGUCUCAAAGCCAAAUGCCGUUUGUCAGUAGCCAAAUGCCGUCGCAAUCCAACACCCAAUUCUUCCACCGAAACAUGUCUCCAUUUGCAAACAGCCCCCCACAUCACCAGAAUUUGGAAGGCCCUGUUCCAACUAUUUCUCCACCCAUUCCACAUGUUGGAAGAUCACAAAAUGACGUGGCAACCAAAAUGACCGAUAUGCCCUCCGUGCAUAUUGAUCACGUGCAGAAGCAGACCGUGCAUGGCACAAUGUCAGGUUGGGAUGCAGAACCUUCACACGCUGCUCCAAACCACAAGAAUUGAAUGCCGUUUCUGUUCCAAAUUUUCCAAGGUCGGUCGUUUGCAAGGUAUCUACCAUUUACAUGUAACAUCGGGCUUGUGGCAUUAAAGGGAUUAAUAAGAAAUGAAAUACUCCUUACCUAUUGUUUUCAUUUCAUGUUCCAUUAUGUAAUAAGACUUGGAUCUCGUUUUAAGUAGGUAUUUUUUCAGAAGCAAAAAUCAGUUGGCUAGUUGGUUCCAUAUAAUAUUUUACCAGUUUUUCACUUUGCAAACAGCCUUAGAAAGGAACUGAAUACAGCAAUUUGAGCAUCUAUGAGUAAAAUUGAAUGUGAUAUA